AUGCAAGGCCAACACGUGCUAAUAACCGGUGCAGCUGGUGGUAUUGGCGUUGCAUUAGCGCGAGUCUUUCUAGAACAGGGCGCUAAUGUUUCUCUACAUUAUCAUCGUACAGUAGACACUCUCACAUCACUACUAGAACAAUACACUGAUCGAUGUGAUGCUCUAUCUGUAAACGCCACCGAUGAGCAAGCUGUAAUCAAAGGAGUUGAACAAAGUUGCGCACAUUUCGGUCUGAUUAACGUCUGUAUUGUCAAUCAUGCUAUCUAUGUCGAUGAAGAUCGUCCAAUUUGGGACAUGUCACUUGAGCAAUGGCAACGUACCCUUGAUGUGAAUUUAACAUCCUAUUUUCUCUAUUCACGCGAAUGGUGUCGACAAUUGAAACGUCUUAAACCAACAACAAACGUAGAAACAUUAAACGCUAGUUUAAUAUUGAUUGGCUCGACAGCUGGUAAAUUUGGUGAAGCUCAUCAUUUGGAUUAUGCUACGAGUAAAGGCGCACUACAUUCCGGUUUCAUCAAGUCUUUGAAGAAUGAAAUUGUUCACAUUGUUCCACACGCGCGAUGUAAUGUUGUUGCGCCGGGAUGGACACGAACACCCAUGGCUGAAACUGCCAUCGAACAAGUGGACGAUGUUGCACAGGCUUGUUUAUUUUUUGCGUCGAAUAAAACUGCUGGACAUAUAACGGGCAACAUUCUAAUGGUUCAUGGUGGCAUGGAAGGACGAGUUUUAUGGCAAGAAGAUCUUUCCUAA